CGGGGUCGCUCCCCCCCACCCCUCUCAGUGAACUACAGGUCCCGUCGUGCCCCGCGCGCGCGAGAGGCUCAGUCCGGCCGCGGCAGGAGGAAGCGGUUCGCAAGGCGCCAUCCCGCUCGCCCGGCCGCCGCGCUCAGGCGAGUCCCCGGCUUCUCCGCGGCCUACCUCGGUUGUCGGCAUGGCCCGGCCGCUGGUGCCCAGCUCGCAGAAGGCGCUGCUGCUGGAGCUGAAGGGGCUGCAGGAGGAGCCCGUGGAGGGGUUCCGGGUCACCCUGGUGGACGAGGGCGACCUGUACAACUGGGAGGUGGCGAUCUUCGGGCCCCCCAACACCCACUACGAGGGCGGGUACUUCAAGGCUCGUCUCAGGUUUCCUAUCGAUUAUCCCUAUUCGCCCCCUGCCUUUAGGUUCCUGACCAAAAUGUGGCACCCUAACAUCUAUGAGACAGGCGAUGUCUGUAUUUCAAUUCUCCACCCUCCAGUGGAUGACCCGCAGAGCGGGGAGCUGCCUUCCGAGCGAUGGAACCCCACCCAGAAUGUACGGACUAUCCUUCUGAGUGUGAUCUCGCUGCUCAAUGAGCCCAACACCUUCUCACCCGCAAAUGUGGAUGCCUCUGUGAUGUACAGGAAGUGGAAGGACAGCAAAGGGAAGGAUCGGGAGUACACAGAUAUCAUCAGGAAGCAAGUCCUGGGAACCAAGGUGGAUGCUGAACGGGAUGGUGUGAAGGUCCCCACCACGUUGGCAGAGUACUGUGUGAAGACCAAGACUCCAGCCCCGGAUGAAGGCUCAGACCUUUUCUAUGAUGACUACUACGAGGAUGAUGAGAUGGAGGAGGAGGCAGACAGUUGCUAUGGAGAUGAGGAUGAUUCUGGCAAUGAGGAAUCCUGACGCCCUUCUGGCAAUCGCAAAACUUAUCAUAAACUAUUGAAUUUUACCUCAACUAGGACACACAAACUGGCUUGAAUUUAGGAUCUGUCAGCCCUGAAAUUAACUCUCUACCUCACAGGGAGACUGUUCUGCUGUAAAG